AUGUCUGAAUCCGGCACUACCUAUGCGCAACACCAUUUUAUGCCUACUAGUGAGAAAGAAGGAUACGAUCACGAUGGAGAAUGGCCUACCAAACUCGAAGUUUUCGGUCCCAAGGUCAACAGACCUACGACGCUUCCAACACCCCCGCACGACAGAUCAAUCUCAUUAGAUAGCGGAAUCGCACUACAAGAACCACCAGGGGAAUUAACGCCACCGCCCGAUGAUGAAAAUGAUGAUGAAUUGCUCAAGGAGGUGGUCACGCAGUGCUGUUGCUCGUCAGACGACGUCGAGGAUAUGUACGACUGCACCCCUCUGCAAGAGGCAAUGGUGGCACAAACAAUGAAAGAUCCAGGUGCAUAUACUAUCGCGCAUAAGUUUUAUCUUUCUCCGGACGUCGACCCACACAAACUUCAGAGUGCCUGGAAUCAGACAGCCCAGGCCAAUCCCACACUCCGAACACGUAUGGUCACCACGCCUCAGCGAGGAUGUCUUCAAGUGGUUCUCCGAGGGCCCGUUCAGUGGCAGGAACACUGUGAUGAUGAGGCAGUUCCAGAUGAAACCACCGUCAUCGUCUGGAGGAUUGGUGCCCCACUGGCGGCUUUUUCGUUCAACACCAGCCGACACAUACUGCAGAUUAAAAUCCACCAUUCCAUAUGUGACAGGUGGUCCAUUGAUCUUCUACUAAAGCAGACAGAAGCAGCAUAUCGAGGGGAGGAACUUACGCCACGGUCAUUUCGCCCGUUGGUAGAAUACAUCAAGGCGACAAAACUUCAAUCAAACGCCUUCUGGGAAGCAGAAUUCCAGAAUUUGCAUGGAUCUUCUAUCGGCGUCUUCCCUCGUGUCCCCACGGCAGGCUAUUCUCCGACACCAAGUUACCGACUGGAAAGAUCAUGGGAUAUGAUUGACAAUCCCAAUAGCCCAGGGACCGUAAACACCAAGCUCCAGCUGUCCUGGGCUAUUCUGCAGUCUGUCUACACUGGGUGUAAUGAUGUACUGUUUGGUGUUGUGAACACGGGACGGGGCGUUCCUGUCGGAGGGAUCCAAGAGAUAGCCGGACCCACUCUGGCCAGUGUUCCAGUACGUGUACAGCUAGACCUCGAUCGGACCGUUGGCGAUGCUGUCUCUAGCAUUCAAACGAACUGGGGGGCUAGCAUGCCAUUCGAACAUGUCGGUCUCCAGAAUCUCCUUCAUCUAAGCCCUGGGACCAAGGCAGCGUGUCAAUUCCAGACCCUAAUUUCGGUUGAGCCGCGAGAUAGCCAUGAAGGCCCCUCACUAUUCUCCCAGGGUCAAUCGGUCCAGACGACUUUCGAUUUAUUCGCAUUGAUCCUUCGUUGUCGUCCAACUUCCCAGGGCUUGUGGAUUGAAAUGUCAUUUGACCCGGAGGUGAUGGACGUCCGCCAGGGAGAAAGAGUUCUGUCACAGCUCGCCCAUGUAUACAGUCAGGUGGAUCAAUACCCCACGCGUCCGCUGUCACAAAUUACUUGCAUCAGUCCAGAGAACAACAUGGAGCUAUCUCGCAUGGUAUCAGCUGGCCUUUCCUCUGACACCCCAUGGUGUGUGCAUGAGCUCUUCCGCCGGCGUGUCACAGAGAAGCCCCAAGCACCGGCUAUCGCAAGUUGGGACGGUGACCUCUCGUUUCAUGAUCUGGACCAUAUCUCCAGGGCCUUUGCGAUGUCUCUGACUCGCCAUGUACGUCCCGGACAGUUUGUGUCGCUCUGCCUAGGAAAGUCGAAAUGGGUUGCAAUAGCAAUGCUGGCGGUCAUGAAAGCCGGCGGUGCGUUCUUUUUACUGGAUACGAUUCAUCCAACCCCUCGCCUACAGCAGAUGUGUCAAACAGCAAAAUCGAAUCUGAUAGUAACUUCGAGAGAACAGCUCAACACCGCCUCGCAGCUGGGUAUCCCAAACAUUAUCACAGUAGAAGAGACUCAAUUGGAUGAGGACGUUGUCUCUCUCUCUUCUCUUUCACCUGCAGCUACCCCUGAAGAUCCAAUGUAUGCUACAUUUACAUCAGGAAGCACCGGAGUACCCAAAUGUGUCGUUGUUCAUCAUGGAGGGUUUGCAUCCAGCGCACUCGCCCACGGUGGGUCUUUUCGGUUCACGCCAACUUCCCGAGUUCUUCAAUUCGCAUCUCCUGCAUUCGAUGCUUGCAUUCUAGAGCACCUAAGCACACUUAUCAUGGGAGGCUGUGUUUGUAUCCCGUCUGCGGAUGAAUGUCAUAGCAAUUUAGCCCAGUCGAUACGGAAAUAUGGCGUGACAGUUACAUGCCUGACGCCAACCGUGACUCGAAUCAUGAACCCGGAAGCCCUAGCGUCCUUGGGCGUUAUGAUAUUUAUCGGGGAGGCGGUACUAGCUCGUGACGUGGAACGGUGGAAACCACAUGUUCAGGUUGUAAACGGCUACGGCCCGGCUGAAUGUUCACCAAUUUUCAGUGUCCAACCGGAGCUGAAAUGCCACGAUCCGUCUAAUAUUGGGUUCCCCACCGGUGGAGUUGGCUGGGUCGUGCAUCCGGAUGAUACUAGUCGGUUAAUGCCCCCAGGGUGCACCGGCGAGCUAUUAAUCGAGGGGUCAAUUGUCGGCAGGGGCUAUUUGUCUGAUCCAGAUCAAACGGCUAAAGUCUUUAUCGAAAGUCCACAAUGGCGUCAUCAAUUUCAGCCCUUGCCCACAGGCCUUUUUUACAAGACCGGAGAUCUUGUCGAAUAUACGGGCGAUGGCAGCUUCCGCUACAAUGGAAGAAAGGAUACACAAGCAAAGAUCCAUGGGCAACGAAUGGAGCUGGGAGAGAUCGAGCAUCAUUUGCGCAAUGUAUUCGGAACGGAGCAUGUUGUUGCCGAAUUGGUUCACUCCUCCCCCGAAGAUACCUCUGCAGACCAUCGCCCAGGCGUCUUUCUUGCUGCAUUCGUCCAUUAUCCAUCCGCCAACUCAAGUGAUGGCGAAAAGGGACAACACAUGAUUCUCCCCCCAAGCGAAGGUUUCCGUGCUGCAUGUGCGAAUGCGGAACCCCAAUUAUCCGACGCCCUUCCACAAUUCAUGGUUCCGGAUGUCUUUCUCCCGGUUUCACAUCUGCCGCUGACAGUAUCUGGAAAGACGGAUCGGCGAUUCCUUCGUGAUCAAACGUGUUCCUUAUCAUGGUCAACGAUGCAGAAAUACCGAGAAACAGACACUGGGCCCACGCUUCCAUCCACGGCGCAAGAAGAUUCGUUGCGUAAUAUCUGGGCUGAGACCUUAAAUCGGCCGAUGGCGGAGAUUGGAAUAGAUGAUAGUUUUUUCCGCCUCGGAGGCGACUCAGUCAGUGCCAUGCAGAUGGCGGCGAGCUGCCAGGCCGCUGGAUUCAAUGUCGUUGUCGCGGACAUCUUCCGCCGCCCAACUAUCAAGAAGCUAUCUGAGAGGAUCCAGGAGACAAGUGGGUUCAGUCCGCUGGCUAUCGGGCUUGAGAGUACCCAGACUGAAGCUUGGUUUGAGCUAUCGCCAAUCCAACAAUUUUUCUUUGACACGGUACCGGAUGGGCAUGACAAGUUUACCAUGGACUUCUUGCUGCGGAUCUCCAGGCCCGUCGCGGAGGAUCAGGUCGAGGAAGCCAUAAUGUCCUUGAGUGGCCGCCAUUCUAUGCUACGUGCGCGGUUUGAAAAAGGCGAAAACGGAUACUGGGGCCAAGUGAUAGGCGACAGACUCGAAAAAGGUGUCUGUUUUCGAUCGCACUCUUUCCACUCGAUCCAUGAGCUCGAAACGCUGAAAGCCAUACUUGUCAGUCACCGAGAAGUGCUCGACCCACGUGGUGGAACGGUGAUGGUUGUUGGCCUGUUAGAUACUCAAGAGGGGCAGUUCCUAUCACUCAUUGCACACCACAUUAUUAUCGACCUCGUGUCGUGGCGAGUGCUGCUUCAGGAUUUGGAAGACAUUCUGACAUCCGGUCGACCCUUGCAGCCCGCAUCGAUGUCCUUCCAGCAGUGGUGCAAGCUUCAGCGGGCACAUAUCAUGGAUGGGAUGAGUUCGCCAGCAGAGCCAUGGGCAGUUAGUCCGGUCCCUAUGGACUACUGGGGCUCAUCGGCCAUCUACAGACAAAACAAUUGGGCUCAGGCAACGCGAAAGCCGAUCACAAUAGGACGCGAGGCAACACAAGCUAUUCUUGGCACGGCCAAUGAUCCCUUCCAUACUCGUCCUGUUGAGCUCAUCCAGACAGCUAUUCUAUACUCGUUCGUUCAGGUGUUCGACGAUCGACAGGCACCAACCAUCUUUACCGAGGGCCACGGACGAGAGCCAUGGGACGCUCGCAUUGACAUAGCCCGCACAGUGGGCUGGUUCACCACGAUCGCACCAUUAUUUUUGGAUGUGAACAAGGAUCAUGACAUCUUCAGGCUGUUGGAGCUGACCAAGUAUGGUCGACGCAGGAAUCCCAGCAAUGGAUUUGCGUCCUUCGCAAGUCGCUACCUACAUGCGGAAGACCGACAAGUCAAACAGGAUAACAUGCUGAUGGAGAUUCUAUUUAACUAUACGGGUCUUUUCCAGCAGUUGGAGCGCCCAGGUGCACUUCUUCAAUUGGCCCCGAUUACCAGAAACGGUCUUCUGCCCAUGCCCGGCGACCUACCCCGGUUCGCAUUGAUAGACGUAAAUGCAGUCGUCAUGGAUGGCAAUCUCAGCAUCAGUUUCAUAUAUAAUCACAACACGAAACACCAGAAUCGCAUCCAGGAGUGGGCUGAAAAGUGCCGAGAAACUCUGGAGGAACUUCCCAAUAUGCUGCAGCAAGAACAGCGACUGACUGUUUCGGACCUGCCACUGCUUUCAUUUACCGAAGACAGCCAACUUCGAGACCUCUUGCACAAUGUUUCAUCCCGGUUUGAUGUACCGCGAUCUAAGGCAUAUUGGUCACACCUGCGGUGGUCUGUUCCUGCAGCCCACGGGAAGGAUGCCCCUGUGAAUCUGGAGCAGGUGAAAGCGGCGUGGCAACAAGUAGUGGAUCGCAAUUCUAUUUUGAGGACGGUCAUCAUCGAAAACACCGCUCAUCCGAGAGAACCAGUACAAGUCGUUCUGAAGUCCACUACUGCGAGCAUCCUUGAGGAGGAGCUUACAGUGGCCGAGGACGGAGAUAAACCCGGUCUGCCUAACCGUUUCCAUUUGUAUCACCCAUUACCCACAGAGUCUGGUUGUCCACCUCAUCUACUACGCAUUACGCCUCGACCGGAUGGCAGUGUACUCUGCCAAUUGACCAUCCAUCAUAUAUUGGUCGACGGGGCCACCGAGCAGAUAUUCCUGGCCGACUUUGACCGCGCGUAUUGUGGGGUUAUGGAUGAGGUACCGGCUGGCAAGAUGGGCUCCUACCUGGAAUAUCUAGCAGGGCUUGACCUCGAACAAUCGAAGGUUCAUUGGAAAAGCUACCUGAGAGACCUCACUCCUUGUAUAUUUCCAUCGUUAGAUGUGCCAAUGCAGACCGCCCCCAAGAAGACGCCACAGCUCCUUCCCUUCAAUUUCGAGAUUGCGCAGGAGCUGUAUUCGUUUUGUCGGCAAAAUGACAUGACAGUUUCUAGCUUUCUGCAAGUGGCCUGGGGACUGGUGCUUCGUGCAUAUACCGGGUCCGAGUCCGUAUGCUUCGGUUAUCUGCAUUCCUGUCGAGACCUGCCUAUAGCACACGUCGGCCAAAUUGCCGGGCCCAUGGUGAAUAUCUUGAGUGCAUUUGGGAGGGCCGUGGAGCCCGAAGGAGGAGUUGACGCCACCGAGUAUGAUUUGACUGUGAAUGUCGCUAUGGGCCAAAACAACAUCCGUGGAGACUUGACAUAUUGGAGCCAUCUCUACUCUCAUUCCCAAGUGAAGAUGAUCGCCGAUGCUUUCCACUGUAGCAUACUACAGUUGCUACGUCGCAGUGAUACAUCCAUCGACUCGUUGAAAUUUGCAGGGCACGAUAAUAUGGAUCUGAUUCUCCAGUCCAAUGUUUCAUUGCCCGAUAGUAUACAAUCUUGUAUUCAUACUCAGAUCAAGUUGUCGAGUUUUCAUUAUUCCGAGGCUACUGUAGUCUCUGCUUGGGACGGCGACUUCACUUACAGGGAACUCAAACGAAGAGCAAACGCUGCUGCACAGGCGCUUUCCCAACACUUGAUUGGUCCAGAGACAUUUGUACCGAUACUCAGUGAGAAGUCGAAAUGGGAGGUUGUGUCAAUCCUGGCAGUACUGGAAGCAGGUGGGGCUUUCAUCCUGCUCGAUCCUGCUCAGCCGCAGCACAGACUCCAGAGCAUGAUUCACGACGACUUUGAUUGCCCUGUGAUCGUUUCAUCUAAACAACAGGCUCAACUGGCGGCUACUAUUGCGCCCAAUGUCAUAGUUCCAGAAUCAGUGGAGGCUAACGUGGGAUUUGUCGACGAAGUCUCCGGGAACAACAUGGCUCCCGUCUCUAUGCAUUCUGCUUGCUAUGCAGUCUUCUCCUCUGGAAGCACAGGGAAACCCAAAGCCAGUGUUAUUGAGCAUCGCUCCUUCCUGUCGGCUGCGCUCCACCACGGCAAAGCACUGGACUUAAAUGCGCGAUCGCGAGUUCUUCACUUUGCCUCCAAUGCAUUUGACGCAGCGAUCUUGGAAAUUUUAAGCACCCUUCUUGUGGGAGGAUGUGUUUGUAUUCCCUCCGAUGACGAAAGAAACAACCACUUAAAAGACUGCAUUUCCAAAUACCAAGUGAACUGGGCUCUUCUGACACCGUCAGUGUCUCGCAUUCUCGACCCACAGCAGGUGGUAACGUUGCAGACCCUGGUGUUUGGCGGGGAAAGAAUGAGUGUGGACGACAUCCGGCGAUGGUCCCCACAUGUAGUUUGCAUGAACGCAUACGGACCCUCCGAGGCGUCUGUUGUUUCAACAUGUCAAUCCUCCAGCCAACGCCUUCUAGAAGAUCCGUCAAAUAUCGGGCACCCCACCGGAGCAGUUGCUUGGGUACUCAGCUUGCAUCCCCCGCACCACCCCGUUCCAGUUGGUGCGAUUGGUGAGCUUGCUAUCGAGGGUCCCAUUGUUGGUCGUGGAUACGCGAACAGACCAGAAAAUAUGAAGGAGGCAUUCCUACCGUAUCCAGACUGGAUGCAUGAGAUUCGUGAUACAGCGAGCGGCCUGCUCUAUAAGACAGGCGAUCUGGUCCGGAUGAUGCCGGAUGGUUCAAUCAGCUACCUUGGCCGUGCCGAUAACCAAGUCAAGCUUCAUGGGCAGCGGAUCGAGCUGUCGGAGGUUGAGUAUCAAGUACAACGGUGUUAUCCUGCAGCAAAUCCGGAAGUCUUUGCCGAUCUUGUCCUCCAUGGCACUUCAACGUCUCCGUUUAUUGUCGCAUCGGUCGUUCUUCAUUCGCAGACAGACGAAGCCUCCUUCCAACGGGCAGCAGAUGAGAUCAAGACCCGUUUGCGGUCAGAAAUCCCGUCAUUUCUGGUGCCUUCCUUUAUAUUCCCAGUUGAAAAAGUGCCACGACUGGUGAAUGGCAAGUUUGACCGUCGUAAACUGCAGGAAGCAGCUUCUCGAAAAGUAGAGGCAGAAAUCAGUCAAUCCGUGGCAAGUCGUCCGAAACGGAGUUCAGGUCCACUGAAUCCAACAGAACGGGUCUUACAACGGCUCUGGGCAGAUAUUCUUAGUCGCUCGUGGGACUCGAUCUUCCCAGAAGACGAUUUCUUCUCGGUGGGAGGUGAUAGCGUGGCUGCCAUGAAGCUAUCAUCUGCUGCUUCUAGCGAAGACCUCAACAUUUCGGUCUCAGAUGUCUUCCUUCAUUCCACGCUGAAGGAUCUCGCACAAGUUGCCGUGUCCCGGCAGCCCCCAGUGUCAAGCCCGACUAACAUAACCCCACAUGUGGAUGCGACAAAAUUCUCACUUCUUCCAGAGACGGAUGUGGAAGGAAUACUAGCCCAGGCAGCCAGCCAAUGCAGCGUUCCAAGGGACCAGAUCGAAGACAUUUACCCUUGUACCGAGUUGCAGGUUGGACUCGCUGCUCUAACCGCGCAACGUCAGGGGGCGUUUGUUGCGGGUCAUCGUUUUCGAUUAGGACCCAAUACCGACUUGGCCAAGCUCACGAGAGCUUGGCAAACAGUAAUGGCAACAAAUGACAUACUUCGUACUCGUCUGGUAGUUUUGGAUGCCGGUUACUUUCAGGCCCUGCUGAAGGAAGACGAACCUGUAUGGAUCACCAAAGCUGACCGCACUAGCCGGAAACUACAGUGGGAAUUUAUCUUCGGACAGCCACUGGCUCAGUUUGAGAUACUACCAUCGGAGAAUAAUCAAUUCGAUCUGAUGAUCACAAUGCAUCAUGCAAUUUACGAUGCCUGGUCUGUCUGUCUUCUUGUCGAAAAGGCAAGAUUAGUGUACCACGACCAGCAUACUCCAAACACGAUCGCAACCCCGUUCAGGAACUUUAUCGCAUACUCCAUGUCCAGGAAGGAAGCCGGUCUGAAGUAUUGGUGCAAGCAGCUUCACGAUUUGAAGGCAGAUCCAUUCCCAUCGUUGCCGAGUCCGUCCUAUCGUCCUCGACCAUCAACGCGAAUUGAGCGAAUCAUUGACACUGGUUCAUUGAUGCACCCUUGGGUCAGUCGCACUGCGGCAAUUCGAUUAUCCUGGGCUCUGGUACAAUCACAGUAUCAGAACAACGAUGAUGUUGUUUUUGGUGUUGUAUCCAGUGGUCGUACCGCACCCGUUCAUGGUAUUGAGGCCAUGGUUGGGCCCACCAUCGCCACGUAUCCUCUGCGCGUCCGGAUUGAUAAAAGUCUCAGUGGAUCACAGGCUAUUGCAAAUAUACAUGAACAGUCAACGGAAUCGGCCAGCUUUGAGCAAGUCGGACUCUCUAAAAUCGCUGCUAUUGGGGCAGAUGGUGCUCGCGCCUGCGCCUUCCAAGUCUUGCUCGUGGAACAACUUGAUCCCAAAGCUGGUACCCAGGAUUUUGAAGGUGGAAUGCAGGCACUCGGCUCUUCAAGUGAUAACGGGCUUUAUGCAUACGCUGUGCAACUGGUUGUCCUUAUGAAGGCAGACAAGAUCAGUGUAGAGACUUGCUUCGAUCCUGAUGUGAUAUCAGAAUGGCAAAUGAACCGACUGCUAGACCAGUUCAGUCACAUAUUGCCGCAAGUCCAUAGAAGCCUUCAUCGCAGUGUGCAAGAUAUUGUCUCAAUCAACCAACAUGACCUUCGGCAGCUUCGGAGCUGGCAGCCUGAAAUCUUCGAUCCGGGGACAGGGACAGUGGUUGAAAGUAUCAGCCAGCAAUGUAUCACACAACCUUCCGCUCUUGCAGUCUCGGGCUCCAUGGGCGGCCUGUCGUACAGAGAACUUGACUUGUGGUCAAAUUCUGUUGCCGACAUAUUGGUCGGGAAAGGGGUUGGAUCGGGCUGCAUUGUUCCGAUUUAUCUCGAUCGUUCUCACUGGGUGCCUGUUGCUGUUCUCGGUGUUCUCAAGACUGGUGCCGCAUUCGCGCUUCUGGAUGUCCCGCUGCCUCUUGAGAGGCUACGUAUGAUGUGCGAAGAGAUCCGUGCUCCUCUCAUCCUUUCCUCUUCUACUCUCGAGGAAAUGGCUAGCAUGCUGGCUCCAAAAGUUAUCGCCCUUUCCCUAGAGGGUACUCUGCCUUCCUUAGGACAGAGAUAUAAGAUAGCCGCCGGCCCUAGUCGGCCUCUGUACGUGUCUUUUACAUCGGGCUCGACUGGGGCUCCCAAGGGAGUUGUUGUCAACAACAACGCAUUCUUGGCCACAGUCAUGGGCUACACUCGUACUGCAGGUCUCAGUCCUCAGAGCCGGGUGCUUCAUUUCGCCUCGUACGCAUUUGACGCUAGUAUCUUGGAAAUACUUCCAACUCUCAUGACAGGCGGCUGCCUAUGCAUUCUCUCCGGAUCGGAACGACGAUGCCAAUUAACGGAAGCAAUUGCAGAUCUGCGUCCAGAUAUGGCCAUUUUGACUCCAUCUGUUCUUCGGACACUCGAUCCUGUCACUGUUGACUCUCUCCAUACAGUAUUUGCCGGUGGAGAGCCUUUGAAACCAAGCGACAUUCAGCAGUGGGCGCCACACGUCAAUUUUUCAAACGCGUACGGACCGGUAGAAGCCGCUGUUGCGUUUACCAUAAAGUCCUGCAUCCGAGACUCCUCCGAGGAAAAUAAUAUCGGAUUUCCCCUGGCAGGUGCCGUGCAUGUAGUAGACCCGAGGGACCCGGAACGACUAGUACCCAUAGGAUCAGUGGGUGAACUCCUUCUUCAGGGUCCGCAAGUGUCUCGGGGCUACCUAAACAACCCGGAGGCGACAAACGCCGCAUUUAUCGCACCCCCGUCAUGGCUGAAGGAAGUGCAGUCACCGGAGAGCUCUGAUUGUGACACGCCGCUAUAUUGUACGGGUGAUUUGGUCCGCUAUGCGCAGGAUGGCUCAUUGUUAUUCAUCGGCAGAAAGGAUAAUCAAUCAAAGCUCCGAGGACAGCGUUUGGAGUUAGGUGAAGUAGAGGAGCAGGUCAAACAGAGCAUUUCUGGGGUCAAAGACGUGGUUGCAGAAGUGAUCACACCCUCGUCAACAUCCAGUGCCCCCUGGCUCGCUGCUUUCAUCACCUGGAACGAGCCCGAUCCCGAAUCUUCAAGUGCAAUCAUUCCAUCGUUGGAUGUUGACAUUCCUCAAAGGUUUGCGGAUAUAGUCGGAACGGCCCUUCAUCGGCUGGAAAAUGUGCUCCCAAGCUACAUGGUUCCGUCCCUGAUUGUGCCACUACGACGCAUGUUGGAAACACCCAGUGGAAAAGUCGACCGUCGAUCGUUGCGAGAGUCAAUUGCAGCAAUUCCGCGGCAUGAGCUUAAUCAACACUUGGGCCCAGACAACAUGAUCAAACGAGCUCCAUCCAUGGAAGCCGAGCUCUUGCUGUGGGAUAUCUGGACUCGUGUGCUCCACGUCGGGACGGAGCAGAUAGGAAUCGAUGAUAGCUUCAUCCGCCUGGGAGGCGACUCGAUCUCUGCAGUGAGAGCCACCUCGGAGGCUCGUUCCUUGGGUAUCAAACAUUCCGUCGCAGAAUUGCUCCAGUGGAAGACUAUUUCCGAGGUUGCUAAGAGAUCUACACGCCUUUCACGAAGCGCUUAUUCCUACAGAACUCCAGCUCCCUUUUCCCUGGUUUCAGACAGUGAAAAGAAAAGAAUCAUGUCUUUGUCCCUAGCCGGAACACGUCCCUUUACGCCCGAUAAUGUAGAGGACAUCAUCCCGGCAGUCACAUUGCAGGCUUUCUAUAUCACCAAUUCCUCGCCAGUUUCAAUGGCACGGCGUUUUGAAACUCACUUGGAUAUCGGCCGGCUUCGCAAGGCAUGUGAGCAUUUGAUGGCUCGUCACAGUAUCUUACGUACUGUUUUCGUCAGCCACAAUGACUGUUUCUUCCAGGUGGUCCUAAAAGAGGUUAAACCGUCAAUCGGGUUUGUCGAAUGUGCCGACCCGGAAAAAUGGGUGCAAGCGAAGUCCAAAGAGCCAUCACCAGCUACGACAGCUCAAGGCUCAGUGCCAUUGAGUUUUACACUAGUAACCAAUUUCACCCGACAAUACUGCAUCUUCAUCAUUCACAUUUCGCACGCGCAGUACGACGGUGUCUCUGUGCCACUCCUGUGGGAGGACCUUGUUGCUGCGUACCAGGAUAGGAAAUUGAGAGAAAGCGGACAAUUCAAAGAUGUCGUGUCAUACCGCAUGAGCUCAGAAAACUCUUGCUUUUCAUUCUGGAGAGACCAUCUUAACGGUGCUUCAGCCUCAGCAAUUGACCCCUUGGGAGUCGCUGGGAUAUCCGAACCUUCUGUGGAAGAUAUCACUGUGGAACAUACAAUCUGCCGACCUCAGACCUUGCCGGAUAUCACCCUCGCAACCCUUGUGAAGGCAGCAUCGGCGUGGGUCUUAGGGCGUCAUGCCGGAUCCUCCGAUAUCAUCUUGGGCCAGAUCAUGCAUGGACGUGGCGGCUCUCUUCCCAACAUCGGCAGAACUUUGGGACCGUGCCUUACUCAGCUGCCAGUACGAGUCACAUUGCAGCCGGACAUGACCGUCGAGGAUCUCCUGCAUGAAAUGCAGACUCGCCAGAUGGAAGCCGUGGCAAACGACAAUAUUUCCUUCGACCAUAUCCGCCGCCACUGCACCUCCUGGCCUGACGAUUCGGCUAUCGGCUGCUUCACGCACCACCAGGGGCUGCAGAUGGUUGAGCUGCCAGCCGUCCAGGACUUUGAUGGCAUUAAAUCAUCGCCCAGUCUCACUUGGGUCACUAGUAAACUCGCACCCGGCCAAGUCGGGAUCAAUUCGGUAGAACGUUCAUCGCACCUUGAGCUUCUCAUCACUGCGACUGAAAACACGUUGGACCAGGCGAGCGCUGAAGACCUGGUAAAGAGAAUCGCUGCUGCUAUUGAAUUGUUUGCCAGUUCGUCGGGUUCAACCCUGGCGUCUUUGGUCUAAUUGAUAAUUUGGUUGAGUUGGCUAUUUUC